AUGAAGGCAAGUCAAGUUGGCUCGAGUUCUGGGGUCAAGGAGUCGGAGGUUCAGUACGGACAAGCAGCGACCUCAGUGUCAAGACCCAGUGCUUCCGCUUCAAGUUCGCGCGGGACUUUUAGCUGUCGAAGAUGGAGAUUGUUAACUGGAAAACCCAGAGAUGAUGCAGUAAUGACCACCAACCCACGAGCAGCUUCAUCCACCUCUCGAAGAGUGCAGCGACCUUCCACGGCUGCAGUGGAUUCCAAUAAUUGGGCCACUGCGGCGACACCAUUUGCAGCUUUACUUCCACCCGACACCGUCGUCCCAAUUACUUCACGAAAAUCUGUGACCACUGCCGUGUUAACUUCAGCAAUUUCAAAAGAAAAGCACAAGGAAUUUGACCGUGAAAUGGCCAUUUGUGAGCGCAAACAUGCUAAGGCGAUGGACAAAAUGGCAACAAGAAUCUACCAGACCAAAAGAUUUGGAGACGAACGCACAGAAUCAGCUAGAAGUCAAAGAACGCGAGAGAAAAAGACACUAAAAGACCAAAUCUAUCUGCCGGUUUUGUGUCAAACACGAUCGAAUGAGCUUCGAUAUUUAUCACCUCGUGUAGCCAAGAAUGAAGCUUCUAUCGUCACAGUUCGACGAACUUCGAGCAAAUCUUGA